AUGGAGAAGCCUACACGUAAUCCGACGGCGCUCAGCAUCUACCGGCCGGGACUAUUCAACGGCAAAGUGGCUAUUGUAACAGGCGGUGGCACUGGAAUCGGAAAGAGUAUCGCGUAUGAGCUGGCGUUCCUCGGCUGCACCGUCGUGAUCGCGUCGCGGAACCUUGAGCGGCUAAAAGCUGCAGCCGAUAAAAUCCAAGCAGACGUGAAGGCUGCCAACCCAGCGUCUGUGGGGUCGGUGUACCCCAUUGCAUGCAACAUCCGCAACGAAGAAGAAGUCUCGAACAUGGUUGACGAGACUGUUGAACGAUUCAAGCAUGUGGACUUCCUUGUGAACAAUGCUGGUGGCCAAUUUCGGUCGCUUCUUGAGGACUUGUCGACUAACGGAUGGAAGGCUGUCAUGGACACCACCCUGUAA